UGUCGUCGUCAGUGGUUUCUCGCGCGCCAUGGUGAAGUAUUAUGUGCGACCGGAGCCGGAGAGAGCGCAAACCUUCAGGGGGAGAUUUUGAUCCGCUGGUGGCGUUUAGGUAGUCGGUGAAGCACGCAGACAUAAAUCGGACGCCGGCUUUGGUGCUACUGAUUCUAUGCUUCCUUGGUGGAUUUUGAUGAGCAUCUGAAUCCAGCUUCGCAGUGCAGUACUAGAACGCGAUUGUAUGAGUAUGGUGAGCGACAUAAUAUGUCGGGAGGGAUGAUAGAGCUCUGAGGGUGCGAGUGAGAAGGCCAAAUCAGACUGAAGAGGAGCGAGGAAAAACAACAUUACUCAUUCGAGCCCAUCGACGCAAUGAUUGAAUUUAUCAAGUGCCAUAUGGGGAGAGUCGCGCGGUUGGUUGAAUGAAUUGGAAAUGGAAGCAGGCAAACAGUAUCACUGCUAACUCUGCUAGAGGCGUACACAUAUUAGAGAUAUAGAGGAGCGCUGGUGCUUCGGUUAGGGUUUGAUUCUGCUAUCGCGACGAUCCAGGCAGUCCAGAAGUGGUGCUUCGUGGCGGCGGUUCGCGAUUUUUACCCGCAGUCCUGUAUGUGUGUUUACUCGUUUGUUCGGAUCGCAAUUAUUUCGAUGGGACGGAGAUUUGUGCAACCGGGAGUGACUUUGUGAUUUAUUGUGAUUUCAGCAGUUAACGGUUUAGUACAGGUGUUCCGGAGAGUAUGUGCUUAGUUAAUGACAACCGUCUGUUUGGAGGUUUUGAAGCGAUUUAAAUUGAUGUGAAAAAUAUAUGCAUGAAUUGAAGAAAACUUAAAUAUAGAAAUUUACUAGCCCUAGCAAGGACUUACGACAGAACAUCAGAAUGAUGGAAGUCAGCGAAGUUCCUCAGCAAGUUCCACCGCAGUCGCAGCAACAACAGAACCAAUCACAACUGCCGUUGGAUUUUAGUGUAACUAUGGUGAACAUAAAGUUGAACAAUCUGAAUGUGAAUUUAAAUACGAACAACAACAGCAUCAGUAUACUGAAUAACAAUAACCACAGUAGUACCAAUGGUCUCCACCUGGGGCCAGCAGGAUCUCCACCCAAUGGCGUUCUAGGAGGCAGUGGUCAUCAGGAUACGAUGAGUUCCUUGCUGGCGGUUCAUCAGCACCAUCAGCAGAAUGGGGGUGGAGGUGGUGGUGUCGUGAAUGGUAGUGGUGGAAAUGGAAACAGCAGCACAGCUGCUCUAACAAGUGCAUUCAAAGUGGUGAUGCCACGGGGGAAAGCCGACGCAACUGCCAACGGUCUAUCGCCUCUGUUGAUCAACAACGAACUCCUGGUGAAUCACUACCGACGCUUACUGCACCCGGCGUCUGUUCCUCGGCUUCCCAACGGUACCAACUCGUCCAGCAGCAACACCUAUGAGGACGCCAUAGACGUGCAAAAAAUCAAUAGAGAUGAAAUCAAAUUUGGCAUCAGCCGGCUAGUCAAGAACGAAUCAGAGGACGAGGACAAUAACAACGUGUACCACCAAUUGGGCCACGUGGGACCGAACGGGUACGAUUCGAGUAGUCUGAGCGUAAGGUCACGGUCCCGCAGCCGAUCGAGGUCCCGUGAUCGAUCCACCCGAUCGCGAUCGUCUUCGAUAGAGCUGGAAGUUGAUUCACCUCCUCCACCACCGCGGAUCAGUGUGUCACCGACGACGGAGAUUUCGCACAUCCCGAAAAACUCGGAAGCCUUCUCGGUUUCGGCCUUGCUGAAGCGUGAGGACGAACCCAAGUCCAAGUCGCCUUUGUCGAACAGUUCGUUCGAAUGUGUGAGACCAAAUUAUUCCCAGUUCUACGAACAAAGCCUUCUGAAUCGACCGCUGUUCCAUCCGUUUCCAUUUUUUGCGAUGCUUCAGCAGCAAGGUCACCAGUUGAAUCCAGCCUUAAGCAAUCUCUCCCGCAGCUAUCAUCCGUCGACGCCCGAGGACUUGCUUCGAUUACGGCAUUUCAUGGCUCAAAACGCGGCUGCAGCGGGUGCGGUGGUAGCCGGUGGUGGGGGAAAUGGACCUUCGGCAGCUCAUCUGGACUUUAGCCACCCGCAUCAUUCCCACCACCUGCUGAUGCGCCCAGAAGUGCACGGCCGGAGGUCACACAACGGCAAACGACCAUACGCCUGCGAAAUGUGCAACAAAACGUUCGGUCACGAGAUUAGUUUAAGUCAACACAGAGCUGUGCAUAGUGUAGAAAAAGUAUUCGAAUGUAAACAAUGUGGAAAAGCGUUCAAACGAUCCAGCACGUUGUCUACACACCUACUGAUCCACAGCGAUACCCGGCCGUACCCGUGCGGAUUCUGCGGGAAACGGUUUCAUCAGAAAAGCGACAUGAAGAAGCAUACCUACAUCCAUACCGGUGAGAAACCGCACAAAUGCCAGGUAUGCGGCAAAGCGUUCAGCCAGAGCUCGAAUCUGAUAACCCACUCGCGGAAGCACACCGGCUACAAACCGUUCCAGUGCGAGCUCUGCCACAAGGCAUUCCAGCGCAAGGUGGACCUCCGGCGGCACAAGGAGACCCAGCACACGGAAACGCGAGCCCUGGUCAACUAACCAAUGGCCCUCUCGGAAUUCACCAUUUGCUCGCCGCCGCCUUCGUCGACGACAUCGUCCUCGUCGCUGCUUGGAGCAGGUGCCACUCUGCCACAAAUAUCUGCCGUGACUUCCCUGGUGGAUGCAAGCUCUGUACAUGGUGGCAAUAUGGGACCCGGUAGUCUCGAUGCUGGCACUUUCCUUCUGCCAUCGUCUUUGACCACCGAUGGUGAAUUCAUCGUGAUUGACUGAUUUCGACGAGCUGUCGAAGGCAUCGUUAGAACAAAAUCAAAAACUAUUGAAAGACAUGGGAUGACUUGUGACAAAACUAGAACCAAUCUUGUGUUUUGAACUGAUGUAAAUUUUGAAAUUAUGUCUGCCCUAUGCUUCAACGAUGUUAAUUAUGGUUAAAAGUAUCCUCUCAAACUUUGAAAAGAUGCGGAAUAAAUUUAUCUGUGCACACGCUAUUCAAACUUCAUAUUUCUUCCAAAUCAAUUCUAAAUUUUUGGAGGAUAAUUUUUAUCAUAAUUGACAACUUUUAAGCAUAGGGGAGUAAAAAUUUCGAAAUUUGCAUCAGCUUAUUGUGUAUGUGUUAAGUGUACAUAAAAAGUGUAUAUAGCUUAGAGAACUGAACUAGAUGAAUAUUCGAAAGUAUACUUUCUUUCUGUUGUGUCUUGUUUUUGGUUGUAAAACUUACCUUUAAGCCGUACUUGUUCACUAUUUUAGCUAGGGAAAUCCAAUUAUCUCAUAAUGCGCUGUACCAAAACAGGAAACAAUAGUCCUAUCAUCGUGCAAAAGAAAUAUGAAAUCGUAAGUGGAUUAGAUUCUCACGUUCCUCUUUAAGUUGGUGCUGUAAAUAAUAAAAAAAUCAAAUGGAACGCCAGAUAAGACCAUGUUUGUAAAGAUCUAGCUGCAGUAAACCUAAGAAUCAUUGUAUCAAAAAUCUCCGGGACACAGACUACAUCGGAAAAUAAACCUUAAUGUGCAAUUUUCAUAAAGCCAAAGAAA